UCGUUGGCCGUUUAUUUUACGGUUUGACGUCAUUUUUAAGUAAUAACAAAGUUAAAUGUGUUAACGACUUAAACAACUACUGAAUAUGGUUGAAUGAUGGAAAUUUAAGUUAUUUACAAAGUAAUAUUGUAUUAUAACAGCUUUAACAAAUGGAUCCAGGAGUAAUAUGUUUUCAGCACUGCGGUCCAAAAGUAUUCUGUUUCUCCCUGCCGGAAUAUUGCCCGAUCUGUGAAAAUGAUCUCUCGAUUGCCAAUUUUUCACUAUUGCCAUUUAGAGUACCUUACCCUUUUAUUAGGGCAUCCCAAUAUCCUUGUGCAGUUGUCAUAAAACCAACUACAGGGGACUUUCUUAAUGACUAUUAUAACUCCAUGGAUCUCCACAUAGGCGUCACAACUUCCACCGGUACCAUCGUGGAGUUCGACAAAAACGGCCUCCGUCGUCACCGCAUGGGACAAUGGGACCAAUGCCUGCUCCUCGACCAAGCCCCCAGCCCAUGGGUGGAACACUGGGACAACACCCUUCUGCAAAUCUGCAAGCAAAAAUGCUGGUCCCCAAAGUCCUACAACGAAGAAAAACACAACUGUUACAGUUUUGUGCUGACGUUUUUAGUGAGUUUGAACUACGGGAGUUUGAGUAAAGCGGCCUCGAGUAAAACCGUUUUUUGUGAGAAGUUUAUCGUGCCUAGAACGACAUCAGCAGGGAAAUAUAUUUCUUUGUAUAGAAAGCUUAAAGAGUUCGGGUUUUAUAUACACAAACCUGGUUGUAAAUAAUACGUUAUUUUAGCUAGAUAAACCAA